AUGGACAAUAUGGACGCCAAUUCGCUACCGGAUUUCGAGGUGCUUUCCUAUCCCACGCAACGCGGGGAGAGCGGCGACUUCAAAUCUUCGCCAUUGGAAAGCCCAAUCUCUCUGAACACCGCUUCUUCGUGGACAUACUGUGGGCCCCUAUUAACACUCGACUCAACCCACCUGCCUCCGUCAUUUCACACAUGGGCUGAAGCAACAGUCAAUGGGCCAUUCAUGGGCCCUCUUCUGUCCUUUUUGGCAUUCGUGCACGAAUUUCUCAAAGCCAACGGCCUUUCCAAUUAUUGGCUGACCAUCCGAGCAAGCACGGGUUCAGAAGAAUUCGACAUCCCGCGCUGGCACACUGAUGAUUUAUUCUUUUCCCCAGCUGCAGGGAUGCGAUCACGCCAGCGCCGCUCAUUACUAUCCCCGCUAUACAGCCGUGACAGGACGUCUCAAAGGCCCGGCAUAUCCUUACGACGAAAUAACACCCUGAAAUCUACAGAAAGGAUCCAAGUCACAUCAUCAACCCCAAAUCCAACUAACUGGAAACUCACCACUACCCUGCUUGGACCUGGAACCCUGUUCAUAACCCAAAAGAAAAGCCCCGCGGCGCGCGCGAUCCAACGCACCGCUAAGCGGAGUGUUCGAGCCGCUCAUCCACACCAUGUGUGUCUAUCCGUCCGCUGCGUAGGCUGCGCCAUGGCGGCCGAGUCCGUGCGGACGCGUCUCGCCGCGGAAUUGGGACAUGACGGGAUCGUACAGGCGCGAUCGGGCGAGUGCGUGUUCUUCCGCGUUGGCGAAGAUGAGGGAGCCGUCCAUUCGGAGCCGAUGUCUCAUGGUGAUCGGAUCUUUGUGAAUGUUGUACCCGGGCAUGAGGCGGAUUUGAAAUGUUUGAUGGCGAAGUGGGGGAUGGAGUACCCAAGGGCUUGGUGUGUGGGAUUGCCUUUUCAGGGGGCUGAGGAGGGGAAUUGGAGAGAUGUUGGGGAUAUAACAGAAGCUAGGGUAAUGGAUUAA